AUGUCCCAGACAACAUCCCCGCUACCUUCUACCAAUCGGGGUAAACGCAUCCUCAUCUCAGCUCUCGAACAUCGAGCGAAAAAUGAACCCCACAGCCCCUGGAUGUCUGUCCCAGUCGACGAUCAGGAUCUGUCCCGCGGUUAUAGAGACAUCACGUACAAGCAAGUGAACAAUGCCGCCAACCAUACCGCUCACUGGCUCGCUCAAAACCUCCCCAAGUCUUCGGAGCCAUUUCAGGCCUUUGCGUAUGCCGGUCCAAAGGAUCUCCGUUAUCAGCUGCUUGCAUUGGCGGCUGCCAAGUUGCAGAAGGUGCUGGUCCUUCCCUCGCCGCUCGUCACGGCGGAGGCGCAGUUACGCAUUCUCGCGAAGAAACGCUGCACAAUCUAUUUGAGGCCCGCCUCAAUGGCAGAUCAUGUUACGGCGAUUCUCCACGGGACCUCUCAUAUUCAAGCUAUCGAGGUCCCGGGUAUUGAAGAAUGUUUCCGGGAAGAGGAAGCGGAGACUAUUACAUAUAGCAAAACGUGGGACGAAGGAAAGGAUGAUCCGUGGUUGGUAUAUCACACCUCAGGGACUACAGGGAGUCCGAAACCUGUCACGUAUACCCACUACAUGAUGGCUGGAGUGGACAUUGCGGCUUCCCUGCCAGGUGAAGAGGAGAGCAUCCUCCAUCAGAUGGCGAGCUCGAGGUGGUUUACACCGUUGCCCUCAAUGCACUACGUCGGAAUGCUCCUCUCAAUAGGCAUGACCACAUAUCUAAACAUGACCGCAGUGAUCGGGCCCUCCGGACCACCAACUCCCGAUAUCAUACGGGAUACAAUCCGCUACGGCCGCGCAGAAGCAGCCCUCCUCCCCCCAGCACUAAUCGACGCAUGCUGCCUAUCCCCCACAGCACUCGAAGCCAUUCGAGGCCUGAAACACCUGCUAUACUCCGGCGCGACCCUCUCCGCCAAAUCCGCCGAGCUACUCAUCCCCUAUACGAAAGUCGUCUCGGCGGUGGGGACCACGGAGGCAGGCGGGUACUGGACGACCGUCCCCAAGGAACGCGACGCGUGGGAGUAUCUGGGUUUUCCCCGGCAUCUGGGGGUUACCUUUGAGCGCAGGAUGGAUGAUCUCCAUGAGCUUAUCUGGGUCCGCGAUGAUGCCCUGCCGUUCCAGCAGAUCUUCAAGGUCUAUCCGGAGCUUGAGCGGUUUGAGACGAAGGAUUUAUGGAGAGAACAUCCGGUCCAUAAAGGGUUGUGGAAGAUUAUCGGGCGCCUUGAUGAUUAUGUCUAUUUAUCGCAUGCGGACGGGCUGCAUGCGUCCUCAUUAGAGCCCGAGAUAACGGCCCACCCGAGUGUGAAAUCUGCCGUGAUUGGGGGCCAUGGUCGGCCAGCGCCGGUUCUACUUGUCGAGCUGAACCCGGGAACGGAAUAUAGGGAUGACCAUCAAGCUCUGAUUGAGAGUCUGCAGCCCUAUAUUCAGCGAGUAAAUGCAAGGGUCCACGAGUGUGUCCGCCUUUCGCCAGAGCGGGUUAUUGUCGCGACGAAGGAGAAGCCUUUUGUGCUUACUGUGAAGGAUAGUGUGGCGAGGCUGCAGACGCUUGCUCUGUACGAGGAUGAGAUUGCGGCCCUUUUUACAUAGUAGAAGCCAGCUUGGGGCUGUUUGGCCAAUCGUGGUACUACUAGCCCACGUUGCCAUGUGUUCUCUCUGUCGACAUCUUCAGCGUCAGCGUGGAGCUACUCCACCCGAACGCCAUAUAGUUAGUGUUUUUGCCCUAAAAGAGAGA